UUGGUGGUGGUGGGGAUGGCUCUCCGCUUGGUGGUGGUGGCGGUGAAGAUGGAUCCUCUCUAACGAUAGGUUCGUCACUUGGUGGUGGUGGGGGAGAAGAUGGAUCCUCUCUAACGAUAGGUUCGUCACUUGGCGGUGGUGGUGACGGUCCAUCACUUGGUGGAGGUGGGGGAGAAGAUGGAGCUUCUUUAACGAUUGGUUCGUCACUUGGUGGUGGUGGUGGCGGUGAAGAUGGAUCCUCUCUAACGAUGGGUUCGUCACUUGGUGGUGGUGGUGGAGAGGGUCCGUCACUUGGUGGGGACGGUUCAUCACUAGGAGGUGGUGGGGGUGAAGAUGGAUCUUCUUUUACUAUAGGUUCGUCACUAGGAGGUGGUGGUGGGGAUGAUCCGUCACUUGGUGGGGACGGUUCAUCACUAGGAGGUGGUGGGGGUGAAGAUGGGUCUUCCUCUACAUAUAGUACUAUUUUCGCAUGGUGAUCUUCUGGAGCGUGCCUCCACGAAUCAUGGUGGUUGUGAUGUUCACGUCUGCGAUCAAUCCUUUGAUGGUGUUCAGGUCCAUAGUAAGG